AUGAACAGUUUUAUGAGCGCUCUUUCCGUAGAGUUGAUCCAAAAAGAUGCCAGAAAAGAUCAGCACGGUUCCGAUCCACUGUCGCGUGGUCAUUACAUGUUCGAACAGAAUAAUGGAAACCAGCACAGUGAAGAACUUUCGCGUUGUGGUUACGAUCGAGCACAUCAACGACCCGAAGUUAGUAAGCAAUGUGAACAGAAAGAUCUGGGGAAUGAACAGAAGGGAGAGUUUGGACAUGAAACAAUCGGAUGA